AUGACCGGACAGCAUAUCUACCUCGACGUCGACCCCGAGAAGACGGACGACCCGCUGCUGCUGAUAGUGAACACCGCAAAUCAGCAGGAGUACAACCGAAAGUGGAGCGUCCGCAUUCGCCAGAUUCCCUGCAAGUCACAGUGGCGAGCUCCCCCGGGCUGUCUGCAGUACUACCCGGCGGCGAAUGGCAACGUGGAGAGCUUCAACUACCGCACCACCAAUCUGCCGGUGACGACCACCAGCACCGUGCCGCCCAUCGGCGGCGGCAUCGGACCGGGGGUGAAUCCGCUGGCCACCGAGGUGGCCGCCAACUACCUGAACAACCUCAACUACGGCGUCUGCAUCGGCCGCCUGCCUCGCAUGUGCGCCAUUAAGUGGCAGGCAAUUGAGUUCGACUUUGGCGGCGUCUCCACGAGCACGCCGGGCACCAGCACCCCGGGCGACCAGUGCGUCUCCAAGGCGGGCGGCGGCACCGGUCUGGUGCCCGACUCCGACUUUGUGCUCAUUCCCUUUGGCACGGACCAGACCAAGGCCGGCUACGUGGAGCGGUACUGCGGACAGAAGCUCAGCUCCAAUCCGCUGGGCAGUGCAAACAAUGAGGACGUCUUCU